AGGCAGGGCAAGGCAGGGCGUGGCGUGGCGUGGCGUGCGCCUGGCUGGCUGACGCUCUGCUGGGGUUGCCAGGGUGACGGGGAAGACAACAUGGCGCGCUGACAAGGCGAAGAGGAAGGGGAGGGGGAGAGACUGUGGCUGUUCUGCGACCGCGCCCCCUCCCCACCGGAAGGAGACCCGGCGGAGGAUGAACAAAUACAAAACAAUUGGCAAGAUUGGAGAGGGAACCUUUUCUGAUGUUCUGAAGGUCCAAAGUCUGAAAGGUGGACAGUAUUAUGCAUGUAAACAAAUGAAACAACAUUUUGAAAGUAUUGACCAUGUGAACAAUCUGAGAGAAAUACAAGCCUUAAGGCGACUGAAUCCACACCCAAAUAUCCUUAUAUUGCAUGAAGUGAUUUUUGACAAGAAAUCUGGUGCUCUUGCAUUAAUAUGUGAACUUAUGGACAAGAAUAUUUAUGAACUGAUCAAAGGGAGAAAAAAACCACUGCCUGAAAAGAGAAUAAUGAAUUAUAUGUACCAGUUAUUCAAGUCUCUUGAUCACAUGCACAGGAAUGGAAUAUUUCACAGAGACGUGAAACCAGAAAAUAUAUUAAUAAAGCAGGACCUUCUCAAAUUAGGGGAUUUUGGAUCCUGUAGGAGUAUACAUUCCAAACAGCCGUAUACAGAAUACAUCUCUACCCGAUGGUACAGGGCACCUGAAUGUCUUCUGACAGAUGGCUACUACAGCUACAAAAUGGACAUCUGGAGCGCUGGCUGUGUGUUUUAUGAAAUUGCAAGUUUCCACCCUCUUUUCCCUGGAUCUAACGAACUGGACCAAAUCUCAAAAAUCCACGAAAUUAUAGGUACUCCCCCCAUGAAGGUCCUUAAUAAAUUUAAGCAGUCAAGAGUGAUGAGCUUUGAUUUUCCAAUAAGAAAAGGGAAAGGAAUCUCUCCAUUUAUGCCUAGUCUAUCCAAUAAGAGCCUUUCACUUAUAUAUGCAAUGAUACAAUAUGAUCCCGAUGAGAGAAUUUGUGCCCAUGAAGCAUUACAGCAUCCUUACUUCCGAGAACUGAGGUGGGCAGAGAAACAGGCCAUGCGUAGAAAAAUGAGAUUAGUAGAAAAUCCAUUAGAAAGAGAGUCCCUCAACUUGCGGCGUAUUGCAAAGGAGGAUCAAAGGCAGAACUUUUUUAGGCAAACCCAGGAGUAUCCAUUGGGACUUCAUGGACUUCCCUAUGCAGUAGAGUUGCCAAAAGUGACAGUCCCUGCAGUCACCAACCUGACUUCUUACUCUAAUCCUACAUUUCAGUCAAUUUUUGCCCUCCCAGCAACAAACAGACAAGUCCAGUUGUUGCAGCCUAUAACUUAUUUUGGGACACACCAUAAGUCUGAGAAACAGAAAGAAUUUAAAUCUCCUGUGAAACAGUACCAUUUGCCCGCUCUGGAACGAAGAGGUGGAGGAUACUGAUGGACCAAGAAUCCCUUGUGCUCUCCAUAUUCUUUUAAAGGUACACCAAUGGCAACAGUGCCUUAUACCCUCACAUGCUGCAUCAAGACAUUACAAUAACCCCAUUCCUUUGGGACUUACUUUUUUUUUUAAGGAGCCAACUGUAAAAGCACCAUUUUUGUAGCUCAGAAUGCACCUUGAUUCUUUUUAAUUUCCAAAUAUACAAAACUUUUGUUUUCCCAUAAGUGGAUCAUAUUUUUAAUUGUGCUGCGUUGUUAGAAUGAUUUUGUUACAAUUUUUAUAUUAAAUGUUAUAUUGUCUUUAUUUAUGACAUGUUAAAAUGGUAUUUGUACUUUUUAAAAACAUUACUGUAGAGGUAUUAUUGUACUCCGCCUUAUUUGAUAAGUCAUUUGGUCGUUUUGACAUUUGUGCCUGCUUAUUAUCGUCUGGUAUGUGUCACACUAUCAACUUUGAAUGUAAUCAUACAGAUAAGACUCUCUGAAAUUAUAUAUGUAAAUAAGCAGAUUGUUUCUGCAUGGAUUUAUAAUGGCACAGUUGAAUCAUUGUUGCUAUUGCCUUUAGACAUUUUCCUAUAGUAUGGAAGUUUGAACACUGAAAGCAAAUUUUGUACUUCAGUCAUUUCAGGUUACAUUGUGCAUUUGUGCUAGAAGACCCACUAAUAUAUGAAAGUAAUCUUGGGGCAGAAAUAGUUUCUUGUAAAUACAUUAUUUUUUAAUCCAAAAACAUAAAUAGCUGUGUUCAUCUGGAAUAUAAAUAUGCAAAGGGAUCUUGUAGCCAGGCCCCGUCUAACGUUGAAGCAGCUGAAGCCGCCGCUUGGGGCGCACGUCAAAGGGGGGCGCUGUCGAGGCUUUGACAGCGCCCCCGAGUAAUUAUAGCGCUGCUGGUGUAUCGCGCGUGCGAUAGAAGCACCGCAGAAGGAGGAAGGCCUCCAGGAAGGCCUCCAGGAAGGCCUAGCUCUUCUCGUGAGGCCUGGCGAGAACUCGCCAGGCCUCACAAGAACAGCUAGGCCUUCCCAGCCGCCGCCGCCGGUAUGUGGGGAGGGGGGGAGCAAUUUUGGGGGAGGGGCGUGGCCCUAGGUUCGCCUACUAGGCGAAAUUAUCUAGGGCCGGGCCUGCUUGUAGCAUUUUAGAUACUCGCUUGAGAAAGAGGUUGGUAGCAUAAAACUUUAGACUUGUGUGUGCACACUUAAGUCUAUGAAAGGUUAUGUUACCAACUUCAUUCUCUAAAUUAGCCUAUAAAGUACUACAAAAGAUCCCUUUCCAUAAUUUUUAAAGUUUUCCUUCCAGAGUUACCAAAAGGCAUUUAGAUUCUCUCUCUCUUUUUCGGGGGGGGGGGGGGAAAUCUAGUUUUGAAAAGAAACCAUCAACAUUAGAGAGAUUAUGUUCUUUGGAAAAGAUAUUAUUUUCCAAAGUAAAAGGAUAGUGUGAUUUUAAAAAAAAAAUAAUGCUACAAAUUAGUCAUCAGAGUAGGGAAUCUUAACAGAUAACACUGCAUUAACUGGUUCUUAUAUCCAUCAACAGAAACCUUAGAAGAGAAAACCUGUCAAAGAAUCAUGGCCAUACAAUUUUUCCAGAAUUCAAAAAAUGAACAGUCAGACAGAUAGUAGCCAAAAUCUUACCUUGCAGCUUGGAGGUAAGCUUUUCUUAGCAUGUUUUGCAGAAAAGCUGCAGGGAUAUUAAAGAGGCGUCUGCCCAUGCAAAUCUCACAGUACAGAAAUAAUGUGUUUUUCUGUGCAUUAAGAAAGAAUUAUCUUAAAGUGACAUUUGGGUAAAGCAACAAGAUGCUACUAUGAGUUGAAUUCAGAUUUGCCCUUUGGCAAACAGAAGCUCUUAUAUAUUUAUGUGAAGGACUGAGAGACAGUGGAAAAUCCUGUUGUUAAAAAAGGGUUAUUCCCAUCCUCCUCCCCUCCACAACUGUUGUGACCAUCCAGACCAAAUUGAGGGAGGUACUUCAUGGCAGAGAUGAUGAAAAAUGCUUCUCCACCCUCCUUCCUCCAGCACGAUGUUCUGUUCACACAAAGCAAUAAGAAUAAGAGGCAUAAAAAUGUCAGAUGCUUCCUAUUCUUGCAACAGAGCUAAAAAUACAAGUACAGUAAUUUCAAAUGAAGCAUUUACAAACACCAGCAUUUUGUAAGUUUAAUCAUUUAAUCCAGAAUGUCAGGCACAUGACACUGGGCAUGCUCUUGUUAAAACAAUAAACAUAAAUAUUUUGGAUCUGGGGAUAUUUUUGUUUUAAGACUUCAAUUGCUAUUGGAAAAGUGUAAUGCAAUUUAAAGACUCAUGGAUCCUGAAUAUUUUGAAGCAUAAAUGGGAAUGAUCUAGGAUCCAUGUGGACCUUUGAGGAGACACAGUACUGUAGAGCAGGCCUGCACAACAUAUGGCCCAUGGACUGCAUGUGGCCCACACAAGGCCUUGGUGCAGCCCACCGAGCCCACCCACCUUCACCCCACUCCCCCGAGUUGCUUCCCUUUCUAAUCAUUUUUUGUGGAUCUGGGUGGGCGGGGGGCUUUCCCUUCCUAUCCAUCAUGGGGGUCUGAGGGGAAAAGGGGGGGAGGGAGGGAGGAAAAAGAAGCAGGAAAAAUAGAAGGCAGGGGGAGGGGAAAAGGGAGGCAGGAAACGGAAGGAAAUCAAAAUUCAGAAAUGGUGUAUUGGUUUGAACCUUGAACUGUGGCUUUGAACUGACAGGGUGUCUUUAGGCUGGUCACAUUCUCUCAGUCUCAGAGGAAGACAAAGGCAAAUCAUCUUUGAAUAAAUCUUGACAAGAAAACUCUGUUAGAGUCACCUUAGAGUUGCCCAAAGUCUGAAAUAAUUGGAAGGCACGCAACAACAAUCCUAAUCAUACCUUACUUGGAAAGUGAAGUGCUAAACUAUUUGCAGCCUCAAGAGGCUUCGCCUACCUAAUGUUGGCCCCUUUCUACUGACAAGUUAUGCAAGCCUGGUCUACAGGAUCCUCAUAAAUCCUUUGAGCCUUUCAGCUCAAAGAAAUUUUUUGAUAACACUCCCCCCCCCCCCCCCCCCCCAAAAAUUACAGUAAACUGUUAACCAGCACCCAUGGGGACUGGUAGAUGUCAGGCAAAUGCAGUUUCUGGUUAAGUUAUUAUUAGAAAUAGGCCUAACAAAUAUGAUAACCCAUACUAUACCAUAAAUUCUGUAUUAACUUGAUGUUAAUAUUAAAAUACAGUAAUUAAAAGCAAAUUAAGACAUAACUCUACCCUGGAUUUUCAAAAUUCUGAAGCCACUCAUUACAUUAUUAACUUCUGGAGGGAUUUCAGAUUGAGAACUUUGGAAGAACUUGGGAUCAAGAACAAGUUUGUAAGUUGGACUACAUUUGUUCCUGGUAUUUCCUGUGCAGAUAGUUUCAGUUCAUGGGUGGGUGGGAAAGGACCUUUUUUAUCUGCUUGAUAUCCUGAACAGUGCUUGCAAGAACAGAGAACUAUGAUUUAAUAAUAACCUUAAUAAUAAUAAGCUUAUGGACUUGAGUUCUUAUAGCAACCAAGGUAGAUCUAUUUUUAUGAGACAGAGCUGGGCUCCCUGUAAUUUUCUAUAGUCAGAAGAUAGGGCUUCAAAUCCAGCAUUUGUUUGAACAGUUCCCCACCACCACUAGUCAUGCAGAGUUAUCAAAGAUAUUCAUUAUUAUUUUUACAGCACUCUUUUUAUUUUAAUAUGUUCCCAGACCUAGUGACAAGCCUAUAUAGCACAUGGGAAAUUGAAAAGGUGUAUCCAAAAAUCCACCAGGUAGUCAUGUCUAUGUACCAAAAACUAAAAAUAAUUUAAUUUUGGAAAAGCUUUGUUUUUAGGCUAGAAAUUGUUAAACCUUUACAAAAGCUAGCAUUUUAGGAAAUAUUUGUCCCCAGCCUCUUCAUGCGGCCACCUUUUGACAUAUCACACUUUGGACAAAGUAAGUGCUUUGAGGAAUGGAUACAGAUUCCUUGUUAGAAGGAAGUGUGUCUCAAGGCAGAUUACCAAUACUAAACUAUAUGUGAUAAUUUGAGACAACUGCUCAUGAAGCCUCUUAACGCACUGCCUUCUGAAGUACAUGAAAACACAGAAAAGUUACUUUUGAAGUAGAUAGCUAUGCAAACUCACCUGCUAUCCAAAUACUGCAAAAAAUCCAAAAACCCAGAGCCUUGUAUUUAAGUAAUAUGUAAUAAAGUCAGGUGUAGUUAAAUAGUUUAGUGAUUACAGUAAGUCGGAGCCAAAUUUCAUUCUUGCCACCGGAAAACAAGAUGAAGGUGACUACUGCUUCCUGGGAACCAUACAGAGCCAAUGGUUGGAUGUUGCAAAUGGCUUCAGUAGAACUGGAAGGGAGAAAGCAGUAAAUAUUGCUACCAUCCCCAAAAUACUGAAGGGUUCAGAUAUCUUCAGUGGUUAGAAAGAGACAUCCAUAGAACCUGAAUCUAGGAUAGCUUGCUGCAAACUGAAAUAAUCCCUUUAAUCUUUUUUUCUUUCACAUUUUAAAUGGCAGGACAGAGGUGUCUCAAAAGUGCAGUUUCCCCAGUGCAAACCUACUAAAAUGUCUUGAUUGCAAUCUAGAUACGUCAUUUAGGUAUAUCCAAGGGUAAUAUAUACUCAUAUGCUUCUGAAACAUGCUGUUCAAAAUGGGAUUCAUUCCCAUGUAAUGAAGAUGAUCCUAGAAAUGUAUACCUAUUUGAGUUUUGGAUCCAGCAAAGAAGCAUAAAUAGAUGUACACUGUUAAGAUUGAAAACAAAGAAACAGUCCUUCUCAACAAGGCAGUUUGAAGAAAUUCAAAUCUUGGAACAGAGUUGUAUAACCAAGUGUAUCCUUUGAACUGCAGCCCCAACAGUUAGAAUUUUUUCUUUUCAGCAGCAAUAUCAAGAAUUCAUGGCAGCCCUUUCCCCCCUAGUUACACAGCCGUGUUUAGGCAAUGAACUGAAAUUGAGAAGGAGAAAACUAAGCACACAUUUUUGCUGCAAGUCAGGCCGAUAUCGUUUUUGGUAUCACAAUAUAUGGAACCAAUCCCCAUAGUUCUUGCUGUUGCAGGUCACAUUUUCUUUCAUCAAAAAUACUGGAUGGAAUUUUACAAUCUUUAGUAUGUUCAAAUGUUUUUAAUAGUAAGUAAUCAAACAGCAGGUUGUAUAGAUUUUCAAGUCUAUCUCCCCACACAAGGCACCUGUUUUUCUUUAAAACACCGCUUACUUUGGCAAAUUAUUCUGUAUUGUUGAUGCAUUUUGCAGAAUGUGGAGCACACACUGUGAUUUUAAACAAUACCUGAAGUUAUCUACUGCCAUUAAAAGAUGCUAAACUAUAUAUUCCUAAUAUAUGAAAACAGCUAAUAGCACUGUUAAAUAACCGUUUAUUUAAAAAAAAAACUUAGACAUAUCUCAGAAAUUAGUGUAGUGUUCCAAAGCAUAGAGGUGGAAGAAAAAGAAAACUGUUUUGAAUAAAGUGCAGGGCUAAAUCCAGUCUCAAUAGGUAGUGAAUCUGACCUGAGUAGUUUUUCAAACGGAGUAUAUCUUUUACAGGGAUUAAAACAUGUCCAUACCAAAAAUAUUACAUUCAAAAUGUUACAUCAAAGUUGAUUUAAUUUAAACAGAACAUAAACAAAACCGUAUAUUCAAGAUAGUUUAAUGUUUUUUUCUGAAUUAGAAAUAUCACUUUCUUAAAUGAUAAAAUUACUAGUGUAAUGACUGAUUCCUCCCCAAUCACUGAAUUACAUUAUAUACAUAUAUAAUACAGACUGAUUGUAGCUGAAAACAUUAUUAAAAUAAAAUGUUUAAUAUACAAAGGAUCUCUUCUUUCAAUAACAUAGCUUUAGAAGGUGUCUAAACACCCAUUUAAAAGUAAUUCUCUAUUAGCAUUAAGCUAUUUAAGUGCAAACAAUCUUUUUAGAAAAAAAACAAACACCUACGAUUGCAGCAUCCAUCUUCCUGAAUUACAUUUCCGAAGUCAGAAAGGAAUGACUUUCAUUUCCCAUGAUAGCAUUCCAGGCUAACCAUCUCUGGUUUUUUAAAAAAAUCAGUGCAAAAAACUCAACAGUGAAUUUCUAAUUUAUAACACCAUUAUACUUUGAUUUAAGAAACAUUUUAUUUUACACGCAUAUGUGUAUGUUACGUAUAUGAUUCAAUUACAGUGAGAAGUAUAAAGAAACUGGAAAAAAAGUUUUACUAUUUUUUAAUUGCGGCACCAAAAGAAGCAUUUUUAAAGCAAAAUUCUUCUUUGGAUGAGCAGCCUAAAAAUAUUAGCUUUAAAAAGAGUUCAUUACAUUAUUAUUAUUUUGUAGUAAAACACUAUGUGAUUCACAUAACUCCAAGUUUACACUCUGCCUUUUAGAAUUUGUGGUGUUCUCUGGCUCAACGGCAGCUCCAGAUUCCAUUGCCAUUACUUCUUGUUCUGUGUUCAAAGAUUUGCUAGUAGGAGUGUGAUGGCUAUACUACAGUUCCACUUGGAGAAUUGGCCUGGUUUUGAGAUGGCAAUAAACCCUGCAAACAAAGCAAUUUACAUUAAUCCAGCAAGAGAACCCAACAUUUAGUUUUCUAGACAGUAAUGUUUGCAGAAUUUUAGCAGAUGGUAUAAUUGUCUAUUGAAUGAAUUAACUGGUAGAUCACACUGCUUGAAAACCUUACAAGAAUGAUUUCACUAUCAUAUAGCGUUGCUUAAAGUAACUUCUAAUAUUUAGCACAUCAUUAGGAACUGAAGGGAGGAAAAGUUGUAUCUUUUGCAACAAAAACAAACAAUCCAAUGGUCCUUUGGAAUAAAAGCUACAGUAUGUGUUAAGUUUCCAUGGACUACAGUUCAUUCCAGAUGUCUGAAGCAUCCUCAACCUGAUAAAGAGAGCGGUAAUCCAUGGAGUGAUUUAAGUUUGGCUUGUGUUUUACAGAACCUCUGUUAUUUUUCUUUAUCCAUGACCUCUCAACAGCAGCGAAAGACGACUAAGCUACAGGUUUGAAUCUCUAUUUGGAAGAUGAAACAUUCUUUCCAAAUUAUUGGUGUUAUUUGCAGCAAACAUCCAGCAUACCAGUGUUUCUAGACUGAGUGGCACAGACUUCCGCAUAUCACCUAAAAUAACAAUCUCAAGUUUUUCUCAGAUUCCUUAUAUAUACCCAGGUCAGUUUGGCUUUUUUCUUGGAUAUAAAACUGCUUCUAGAAAAGAUGAGUAGCAAUCAAACCUUCCCAACUUGUAGAUAACUACUCAGGCAAGCCUUGUGUCAUUAGUUUCAGACAACUCAUGGAAAAUCCCAUGGAAGUGAGUAUCUUCUUAUGAGGAAUUCACUCUACUUUUAACUAGAUCUCCUUCCCACCUCAAAGGUUAAAUAAGAACUAUAGUCACAGUCCACAGUUCCUAAUUAAUGUGUUUAGGUUUAAAAUGGGGAGUUCACAGCUCUAUCAACUGUUUUGUUUUCAGUAUACAACUUUAGGAAGCAACUGUGGCUUAUUGCCAAGCUUGUCAAAACAGCCUUUAGAAGUGGUGAAUCUUGUGAGCCAUUGAGUUUCACCUUAGAGUUCACUAAAAAAAACAGACUUGUUCUAAGCAUCUAGAGAAGGAAGGCCUUCCAAUACUUUUAUUUCCAAACUUGUUUUUCUUACCUUAACAUCCGCAAUUCAUGUUAGUCAAGCUCAAGAACAAAGUCUGUUUGUAAUGCAGAAUUAAUUACAUCCUCAGAGACUACAGGAGCUCUUUCUGACUCUGACCUAAACACCGAAAUAGAACAAAAGCAGACUUCCUAGUCUUGAACUUGGGAAGAUGUACAAGGAGAUCCUGCAUUAGAAAAGAUAAGCCACUAGAACCUGCUCUACCAUUUUGUCCCUUGAAAACAUCUACAUUAAAAUGUUUGUUCCGUUUCUUGCAGAGGCAAAGAAAUGACACAUAAUCUACACACAUUAAAAUUUGUUCCACACUGUAAUAAUUUUACAUCCAUAUAAUCAAGAACUGUUGUUCUCGAUUUCUAUAAUACUGUGACUAUAUUCAGUUGUGAUGGAGCAGAACACUCAACCUUUGCAUACCUCCCAGCACAACCUGCCUAUAUCUAUGGCUUUUUCCUUCUAGUGAUUGGUUCUGUGGGUCUCUGGAGCCAAGACAAUUUACGAAGGUUGGAUUGGGGCAUAGGCAGUUGUUGAAGUCAAACCUUGCUACUGCCUAGUCUUCAAAGAUUCCGUAGAACACGGCAUUUAGGAAAGAAGCAGCCAUAAAUGAAUUAGAUCUGUCAGAAGGUCCACACUGAAUGCCUGUUUCCUCCUCAGGCAGCAGUGAGUAAGUGUAGCAAGUGGCCAGUUUUGCCCACUGCCAUUUGUUGCUGCUCUUUCUCACAAGCUAUUGGCUGCUAUAGAAUUCUAAUCAUUAUAAUCAGAACUACAUUGGAAAACUAACAGAGCUUUUAGUCCUAGAGAAUAAUGUGUAAAAUUACUGUAUUGAACUAAGGGAGUCAUUAAGAAGGCAUUCACUCUUUUUUAAAAAGUAUAGCAUGAGUAAGAAUUGCAUGGGAAAUGAGAAAGCGGAAGACAAGCAGCAGUAGCUAUAUGUAAUGUUGAUAUACAACAUGAUAGCUUCCAUGAGGCCAGGCAAAAGAGAAGCUGCUUAAUUCACACUGAAAUUCAAACCUCACUGUGUUGUAUUUGUGUAUAUUAUGCUGAAAACUUCAGCUGUUAAGCAACUCGUGUAGUGGUAUAUUGUCAUUUUUACAAGAUAAUCCAGUACAGUAUAAAUGUAGGUUAUUUUCUGUGUAUAUUAUUCUACUAUAAUCUAUUGUUAUGGAAUAUAUGCUGGACCAUCAUGCUGAAACUUUCUCUGCUCACCCCGAGUCAUUCUUGGAUUUCAUCCAGAACAGGCUUCUGGGGUGCAUGAGGUGGGUAUCACUGAGAAGAGGAGUUUUCCCUACUCUACUGUUCCAUUACCAAUGCUCUUCAUUAGAGCUAAACCAAUAGUUACCAUUACCAAUGCUCUUCAUUAGAGCUAAACCAAUAGUUACCAUACUCUUCUCUCCCCCUUUCUCUAUUAAGCCAAUACCUGCUUAAAACAGAAAAAACAAAAAUACCUUGCUUGUCCAAACGAUUUAUCUCAUCCGACACCAGCUAACCAUAUGAAUGUAGCCAUUCCAGCGGCUCCCAUGGACCAGGAGAGGGAGAUAUGGUAGUGCAGUACUAAAUUCAGUGGGAAAUGCUUCCAUCUGCACUUCCCGUACCUCUAUAUCAGUGAUUCUCAAACUCUGCUCCUCCAAGUGUUUUGGACUUCAGCUUCCACAAUUCCUAGCAACUUGUAAGCUCGCUGGGAUUUCUGUUUCUAGGAGCUGAAGUCCACAACACUUGGAGGAACAGAGUUAAACACUGCUCUAUACAAAUGCAGUGCUGAACAAAAAGCACACAUAUAUGGCUGUAUCUUCAAAUAAGCAUCCAUUGUGCCUGAGUGGCUAAGGAAGAUAAAUUCCAAUUCUCUCUCUGGAAACAAUCCUGAAAUAUUAGUAAGAAGCAUCAUCUCGCAAGUGCACAAAACCUGUGUAUUAUCUUUCGUUUCAUCUUAAUACAUGGUAGUUGCAGAUUUGUUUGGUCCAUUAGUGCCUUCCAUUCUUAAGUCAGAUUUCUGCACCAAGAGAUACAAAAUCCUAUGACAAACAGUUGAGGAAAUGGGAGUUUUCCAGAUUUGCAUAGUGUUCUGUUUCUCAUAUGUAUCAGAAGCAAAAAGGAACUCUGGCAAUAAUCGCAAUCAAAAUCAUAUUUCACCUAGCCGCUCUGGAUUCUUAGAACUUCCAGGUUAUUCACCUCCUCGUGCUGAAUCUCCCCAUGUUACAUGAUUUUUAAAGAGUAAGAAGGAGAACAUUCCUUGCAAGGUAUUAAAUACUGUACUAUUUUGAUGCUUGUUACCCUGCAGAAUAGGAUUUUCCCUAGUAUUCCUAUUGGGAGUUUCUCCCAGCUCUACUACCUGAAAUCAUUUAGAAAAAGUUUGUUUCUAGGAUUAAAUCUGGGACCCUCUGUCGCUUAGUAGAAAGAGGCUGCCAGUGACUACUAUUAGUGCCAUAGCAAUUAAUAAAGUUUUCAUGUUCAAAAGUAAUUUUAUACGAGACAAAACCAUUAAUUUAGUAAAAUAUCAGCUUCAAUAACAUUCAAAUUCGUUUUGGGGGAAACAAGAUGUAACUGAACAAAUACACGGAGACUCAUAAGUCAGCAGAAACCUAGAUGUCCAGCUAAUUCUUGUACCUCUAUAACCUUAAGUAGCUGGUGUGUAGUCAAACAGCUGUAUGACUAAUUUGUUAGCCUAAUGGCUAAAUAUACUGUAAUCCAUAUGGAAAACCUUGCAAUGUGAUGUCUCUUAUAAGAAAGUGAAAUUUAACAAGGCCUUUGGUGCAUUUUGUCCUUUAAAUACUUUGAAUGUUCUAUUGAAUCCAAGUCUUAACAUAUUUUGCAUUGGUCAUAUAGUAUAAUGGUUUCAUCUGCGCCUGGAUUAUAGUGUUCUGUAAAUUCCAGAGAUGCUGAACUAAAAAUAAAUAUUUUUUAUUUAUUGCAA